AUGGCGGCGCACUACAAGAGCCAGGUGGCUGAGGGCGAGAAGGUUGUGGUGCUCUACUACCACCGCUCUGUUCGGGACGACAAUGAAGAUCGAAGAUUAGUCACCUUGCUCCGACAGAAAGGAUUGGUUCCUGUCCAAUUGCCAGAUGAGAAGGGCCCCAGAGAAGACCAGCCAAGGCUGGUUGUUCGUCAUGGCAAGGUCUUCAUCACCGAGAAGAAGAGCGAGCAACGGACCCCAGACCGGAGCCGGAGCCCCAAGCGACAGGCCUCUCCCGCGCGGGGAGCUAAGGCAGCUGAGACCUCAGAGCCAGUUGGCCUCGUGGUGUUGCUCUCAGAGCCUACGGAUGUACAGCCGGGCCAUGCCAGCACCAAGCUCCGCUCCGCCAUCGACGAGGCACGCGCCCGCAUUGAAGCCUAUGAGGAUAUGGAGACCAAAGAGAAAAUGAAGGCGGCGAGGAAUGAAAAGUCCGUGGUCUCAGUCAAGAGCAAAGUCGACUUCUUGGACACCGAAGGGAACAAGAGCUCUCUUCAGAUGAAGGGUGGCAAGUUGAUCUGGACCUGGACAGAGAAAGGGACCAAAGAGAGUGAACGAGUUCAUGGACCGAUCCGCUACAAUGUGGCCACUGGCAAGUUGACUUUUGGUGAUUCUUAUCACUACAAGCCGGACGCCGAAGGCUUGAAGAAGUUGGAACAGCAAUGGGAACUCAGCAACCUGCCCAUUGAGGCACAGCGAGCUCACCUGGCAGCCAAGGAGCUGCGGGAGGCCGUAGAGCAGCUGGGCGGCGUGGUGGCGGAUGGGAAGACGGCGCAAAACCAGCUCUUUCGCAUGCUGCGAGCGGACGACAAAGAGGGCUGGCAGCGCCUGAUGGAAGGCAAACAAGGCGUCCCUGGCCUUUUGGAAGCAUACUACAAAGGCAAGGUGAAGGUGGCCAACGGCCCUGGGCUAAUUCUUGUGGAGGACAAGGAGCUUUGUGCCUAUAUGGACAAGCUGAUUCAACACUAUCUUGGAGAGGCACCAAUCUUGAAGACCAUCCCCACACGCUCCUUCGCGGCGGAUCCGCAGUUGCUACACACUGUCUUCGACAUUCCCAGCAACCAACCCAAUGUCGUGGUGAAGCGAGUUGAUGGACGUGGAGGCAAUGCCGUUUGGGUGGGCGCCAAGCUCCCAAGGAAUGACUUCCUGGCAGCGCGCCCGCUGGUGGCGGCCGAGCCGGAAGCGUUCAUCGUGCAAAGAUACACUGCCCUGUCGAAGGUGUGGCUGUGUCUCCUGUCCUAUGGUCGCGUGGAGUACCUGCAGAUGGUAGCAAUGGCAAGGUGA